AUGAAGAGGUCGAUUAAGGUUUGCCAUUCCAAAACAUAUGGAUUUCCAUCAGGUGAGAACAUAUGCCAUCAGGAACUUGCGGAGAGCUUCCAGAUUCUUUCGGCAGUAAAUCUUUUGGUGUUGCCUGAGUCGUUUGUAAGAAUCGAGUUUUUUUCCACUCGUAGAAGCGUUUUCACUAAUGAUUCCUUUAAUGCAACAGACAUCUACUCUGUAUACAGGAACGGCGAGCUUUUUUUCAAUUCCUCCCCGCUUCCAUGGGAGUCGGAUGCACAGAUACCCUGGGCAGAAUAUAGAAAAAGGCUAGUCGACUAUAUUUCAAAGAGGCUAGCUCACGGGAUAGAGAACAUGGAGGGACUUAACGAUCGUUAUAUAUUCUAUACAAAAUAUCGCCUUGCAAAUUCCAUCAAUCCAAGACAGUGCCGAAAAGACCUCCAGAAGCUCUCCAAAGAGUUUAAGCUAUUGGAGAGGAUAGAGGUUUUACGGCUGUCUACACAAAAAGAAAUCUCAGGUCCCCUUGCUGAUGAAGUAUAUAACAUAUUUUUAUCCUAUAAAUCAGAUCCAGAGCUAGAAAUCAGGUUUAUUUUGGAAGUGAUAGACAUACUGCCGCUGUCUGUCAUUGUAAGAAUGGCUAGAAGUAUUAGCAAGGCAAGAAGAUACCAGGCUGUAUUACUGUAUUACGAGGUAUACUUGAGAUCUCUACAGAAGGAAAGAUACAGAACAGCAUUUCUGUUUGCCAUCAGUGCAUCAAGACUUCUUAAGCAGGGGGUGAACUUAAACUUUGAGGGGACGAUCAAGUCAGAUUCAAUCCGCUGUAUUAAGGAAAAAAACUGGCAGAUGGUGUUGAAGAAUGUGAUUAAGGGAAUAGAGGAGUUAGAUUCACUCAGAUACGGGGUAAAUCCAUAUAUAUUACACGACAUUGAUAGAUGUGAGUUUACUGUCGAUUCUGUGGAACUUGACUGGUCCAACAUUACCAAGUGCUCCGACACAGUGCUCUUCAAUGGAGAAAGCACAAGAACAUACUUCACGGAUCGGUUCAGAAUCAGAAUCUUAUUUUCUAGAAUAUCUUGUGCCAAUCUCCAUGGGAUUUCGGGAAGUAUUGCGGGAGGACCGGAUAUAUUUAUACCAAUAUACCAGGUCUUAAAUGAAAGUCCUGCAGUUGUCCAAGUAUUCUUUGAUCUAGCCAAAGUACUUCCUUCUGCGGAAGAUAGAGCCAGUGAGCUUGAACUAAACCUUAAAAGAUUAGUUUUCUCCGAAAACAUAGUUGUACCUAUCGACCUUGAGAUUACCUGGGUGAGAAGAAAGAGCACAGUCCACGUCAAGGAUGCCAGUACUAUCGAUGACGAAGGGAAAAUCAUCGUUCUCCUUGUAUUAUCAAAUCAGGAGGGAUUUGAAUCCAGAAUUCUUGGGCCAGAUGUUAUAGAGAGAAAUGGAUGUGAGACAACUGUUUCUCUGCAUGUGUCCAAGGGAUUCAAAGUAUGUUUACGCCAUGAGAUCUCGGAAAGCAUAUUUGAGACAUUCGAACUCACAUACUAA